AUGACAGAUAAAGAAGAUGUUUCCAAAAAACCCGCUACUGAGCCAAUAGAUGACGAAGCUCUAGAGAAACUAGCUGUAGAAGAAUUACUGCGGGAGGCUGUACAAGGAGCUGCGCGGGCAGAAAUUGUCGGCCCUUCAGGAUUGAUUUUUGAACUUUAUGAUGCUGUGGUUCCAUACCAUCAUGAGAAUUACCUUCAGACAAUACCACAGUAUGUUGCUUUGUUCCACAACAACUGUAUGUUCCUUGCGCACCACCUUCAGACAAUUGGCGAUAAAUGGCUGACACUCAUGGAGGGUAGGCAGGUUGACUAUCCAAUCAGCUUUAUCGACCUGGUACCGAAACUACGCGAACUGGGUUAUCGGCAUCUAACCAUGCAAAUGCAGCAGCAAAGGAAGCAAAUCCUGGAUAACAUCCGUUCCUCAGAUUUGAACUGCAUUGUGGUGAAGGACAUACUUGAUGAAAAUGCAGAAGCAGCUAUAAGGCAAUGCCUGCGACAAUUACAUCUCCUUAAAAAUGUUUGGAUAGGGGUGUUCCCGAGUAAUGUCUUCAUAAGAUUGAUGACCACGCUUAUCAAUAUGUUCAUUGAGGAGCUAAUCCAUCGAGUGUGUACUGUGGAGGAUAUUUCAAUGGCAAUGGCAACACAGCUCAACGAAAUGUACUCUCUCGUCAUACAGAAAGUACCCCAACUUUACCCGAAUCCAGCCCACGUGGGUAAAUACGUCAAACCUUGGGUUAAACUACAAGAACUCAUUUUCGUUUUGGGCGGCUCCCUCAAGGACAUCGAGCAACACUGGAACGACGGCAACGGACCGCUUGCUAAACACUUCACUACGGAAGAGCUGCGUAGUCUUAUUAAGGCACUAUUUCAGAAUACACAAUUUCGUGCUAAUUUACUCUCUAAAAUUAAG